AUGGCAAGGGAUCCGAUCCGAUCCUACGAGGACCACUGGCCUUUCUACUUCGAAGCUCGACGAGGAUUACCGGGAUUCGCGGAGGAUCGGCAAGGAAAGCGACGUUGGAUGCUUGAUGCUGGAAGGAAGAUGCUGCCUACUGCCAGGAAGCUUUGGAUGACUUCAGCUAUCAGCUAUAGAUGA